AUGGAUACACAGUUCUCGGGUCGGGUCGGGUACGGGUACGAAAAUGGUACCGUGCACAUCUCUAGUCGAGAUCCGAAUGAUUUAUUAGCGUCGUUAUCGGGUUUAACAAACUGGUUACCGUUUAACACCGAUCAAAAUUUAAAAGACACAAAAAUUGUUGAUAAAGAUCUGGCUGUAACACUAAUACCAACAGCACCACAUACAACCACAAACAGCAUCAAUACAAAUGAUAAUACCAUCAUAAAAUCCAAGAAAAAGCCAAUACUCGAUAAUUACGUUCUUCCAAUACUGCCUUCAGCUAUGGAACGAGCAAUUGCAAAUGGGAAUACAACCAUUUUUGAAAAUUACUCAAAAUUUCGUGGAAUUUUGGUUGAAGCUAUAUUUUUUGGUUUAACCGAUAAUUAUCAGGCUUGGUAUCCUGAUACAAAAAGUAUUUUAAAUGCUCUAAAAAUGGACGUUAAUACUGGCAAUAUUCAAAUCCAGUGGGGAUGCAAUUUUUGCUUGUAUCUCCAAAGCAAAACAAUGGUUAAACAUAAUCCAUCGAGCGAUCCAGUCGAUCAAGUGGCUGAUGUAGUGAGGAAAAGCCUUGAUAUGUUGCAAUCGGCUGUUGAUGAUGUUGAAGAAAUUGCAAUUGAAGACUUUACAUUUUUAAAUCAUUGUUCAAGUUUUGCUAUUCACAUAUUACUAAUUAUCGUUGUUAUUGGUCUCAAAUAUCAAUAUGAUCGAAAUCGAUGUUGUCUUCCAUCUGGAUUACAUCAACUAAAACAUUUUUAUUUAUCAUGGCUAUUCUAUCGAAAUAAACGAAAAAAUCUAUUAAAAUUAUUCAUACGGCAUCCACAAAUGUGUACAAUUCAAACACAUUUAGGAAAAGUUAUCUUAUUAAAUGAUUCAGUGUUAAUUAAUGAAAUAUUUGUUAGUAGAGCGGAUUCAUAUAGUAACAAAAUUGAUAAUUUUCUAGAGAACCAAUCAAAGUACAAGCAUGGAAAACAUCAACGAACAGGAAUAUUUCCUCAUGCCGAUCAUAAUUCUCAAUUAAUUCAUCAUGCAUUAGUUGAUCAUUUAGCUGAAACUAAAUUAAUUGAUUCUUUUAUUCAAUGUGAAUUUUACCAGUUAAAACUAUAUUUGGAGCAAAAUCCCACAAAGUUUAACGUACAGGAGACGAUGUUUCGGCUAUCAGCACAUAUUUUAACAACAAUUUGUUUAUCAAAAACAUUUGUCUAUGAUUUAGGUGAUAAGAUAUUUGAAACGUUUACACAUGAUUUAUAUGAGUUAAGUGCUGCCAUUCAUGAAGAUUCCAUACAAAAAACGUUUGGUUAUCCAUCUGAAUUAUUGAGAUUAAAUAAAUUUAUUCUAUCACAGGUCCAGUUGUGGGUGGAUGAACGGAUUCACGAAUGUAAAACAACGAAGCUGAGUGACCAUUCGCAACAACAUGAUGUAUUAAAUUCAUUGUUGGAAAUUGUUGAUAAAUCGUCUCCACAUAUUGAUAAUGAAGAUUUGGCAGCGAUUCUAUUGAAUAUAAUUAUGCAUGGAAGUGAAAUGAUGAAAUGUGCUCUAACAUGGUUGUUAUUAUAUGCUGUUAAAUAUCCACAGGAAACCAAUUUGGCAAGACAAGAAACAAAAUUGCAACAUUAUAAUAAUUUUACAUUAAAAACUGUAGAUGAAUUACACUAUUGUCGAGCCUAUGUUAAAGAAGUCCUACGCCUAUCACCCGUUGUACCCGUUCUCUUACAUUCAACAUUCGAUGAUUUUACUUGGCGUGGUUUUACCUUACCAAAACAAACAUUAGUUGGAGCAAAUCUCUACGGGUUACAUCAUUGUGAAAAAUAUUGGGGGAUGGAUGUUGAAAAAUUUAAUGUUGACAGAUGGUGGACUAAAGAGAGCGAAGAUGGAACGUUGCAUAGGAAUUAUUAUCAACCGUCGUUAUUCGGAUUGGGAUUCCGGCAAUGUAUAAUGGGAGAAAAAUAUUUAUUAGAUAUAUUAACCGGAUUAUUUGCUACAAUGUUGGCUCAUUUCAAUUUUGAAGUAUAUGAUAAUCUUCCCGAACCAAGUGAAGGUACAUUUGGUUUCACUAAUGUUGCACCAAUAUUUUCACUUAAAGUGAAAAUAACGUAA